UGAAGAAACCUGUGGAGAGAAGACAAUGAGAAGAAGUUACAGUUUUAGAGUUGGAAGGAAAAGCCCUAAAGAAUAUAUUCUGGGAAAAUCCACGGAAUCAGGCAGGGACUGAAAUCCCAAUCCACAUGUUGGCCCAGGCGGGAUUCGAACCCGGGUCACAGCAGUGGAAAGCGAGGAAAGAACCGCUACGCCGACCUGACUGAUGCACUGAGGUUUAUUGUGUUUUAUUCUACAGCUCAGAAUAUCCACGACAGGAGAACAAUAAAAAACCUGAGUGCCAGGAUGGAGUUCAACAAUAGUUCUACGAACCAGCAACUGUGCAUGACUGAAGUCAAGUACGCAGUUUUCUGCGUGCAAGUGAUUCUUGGCGUGACAGGCAUUUUGGGGAACGCCCUUGUUUGUGUUACCAUAGCAAAGGCAAAGUUUAUGCACAAUGUCACAAAUUUUCUGAUCGCGCACAUGGCGGUGGCAGACAUCCUCGUCUGCGUGUCUCUGGUCAUUUUCCAAGAACGAUAUGUGGAGGAUGCCAGCAAUGAUGAUGCAAAACAGGAGAUGUUUUGCAAAUUCUUUCAUGGUAAAAGACUGAUGUGGCUAUCAUGUGACCUUUCUUUACUGAGUAUGGUCUGCGUGACAGUGGAGCGCUACUUAGGUAUCGUCCAUCCGUUAAAAUACCCCCGCCUCGUCACGAAGACACGAGUUGGAAUUAUGAUUGCAGUGGUCUGGUGUAUCGCAAUAAUAGCCAAGAUCCCUCAUCUAACUUCGCAGGCGUUCAACAGCGACACAAAACAGUGUUUUACGUCCGGCAUAUCUGACACAAGUAUCGCGCUGGUCAGUGUUGUAAGUUUGCUUGAGUUUUACGUGCCAGCUGCAAUUAUUCUUUGGUGUUACAGAAAGAUUUUGAUCAGUCUGCGGAAAUCGGCUGAAAACCAGCAACGUGAGAACAAUCAUGCACCCGCCAACGAGCUAUUGACGGCCUGUCGAAGAGUCAUCAAAGUUCUCUUGACUGUCAUCUUGCUCUACUUUGUCAUCUGGGUACCUGUUUAUCUGUUCUUCAUGGUUGGACUCUUUAAACCUAACCUGUCUUUAGUGGCCCACAAUAUUUUGAUUGCGUUGCAGCCGACUAUAGCCUCGGUCAACUCGGUGGUCAAUCCAUUCAUCUACGCAUUCAAGUACAAAGAAUUUCAGCGCGGCUUGCGCUUUCACGUGUUCCCAUUUUGUCGUCGUAGGAGAAGAGUUGCUGCUGCAGUAAGCAUUGAAACAAUAAGAUAGCUCACUAUUCAAAUCUUAACUUUAACCAGGUCAUUGUUGGUUCAAAUGAACCUUUGGUUUAUCAAAUGUUCAGAUGAAUAUACCUCAUAUCCUUUUACGGACUUAUUUAGCCAU